UUGCCACAUUUUCUUGAUGAAACUGCGUUAUGGAGGGCGUUACUCGGCACCUUGAGCGUUCAAAAUUGUGGAGCAUCUUCACAAAGCAUGCCGCGAGCAUACUCAUCGUUGCGUUUCUACUUCAUCUACUGCAUACUCGCUAUAACACCCAGCUACGAAGAUUCCCGGGUCCUUUUCUUGCAUCCUUUACAAGUCUUUGGCAAGUAUGGGUAGCUUCGAGCGGCAAAGCCGAAGAGUACUAUAUGGAAGUCCAUCGGAAAUAUGGUCCCGUGGCAAGGAUAGGUCCCAAUGAGAUAUCCUUUGCCGCACCCGCCGCAGGAAGAAGCAUUUUCAAGACUGGACAAGGCUUCCACAAAACCGAGUUCUACACUGUUUUCCUGCCCAACAAUAUCAAGGACAUUUUCACCGAGAUCGGGGAAGACGUGCAUGCAACAAAGAAACGCUAUACUGUCCCUCCUUAUAGCUUGUCGUCCGUUCAGCAACACACUGCCCAGAUCGAUGCAUUGAUGGUCAAGUUCCUGCAGAAGCUGGACGACUUUGCCUACCAAGGCGUCGCCUGCGAUUUGGGAAAAUGGCUCCAUUACCUAGCUUUCGAUACAUUGGGAGAAUUCGCCUUCGCAAACCAUUUUGGCUUCGUCGAUGCCGGCACGGACAUGAACAACACCAUCGCAACUAUCAGCGACUCCACAUACGAGAGCGGCAUUAUCGCCCAAAUGCCCUUCGUGGAGAGGUGGACACGUUCGAUUCCAAUCUGGAAUUAUUUGCCUUCAGGCAAGAAUAAACUUUUCCUGCUAUUUAACAAAUCGACCGAAGUGCUCCAGAGGUUCCAAGGCAAAGAAACGGGCGAACGAGAAAAGUGUCUUCUGAGAUCGCUCCUUGAGGCCCACCAAGCUAAUCCAGACAAGUUCAAUCUGAAUGAUGUUCUCGCAGUUUCAAUGGGAGCUAUCGGAGCCGGCUCGGACAGUACCGCCUCGACGAUGAAUAGUUUCUGCUGGCACCUGGUUGCCGAACUGCUGCAGGCUCCUCUUUCCGAUAUUGUCCAAUACCAUGAAGCGCUGGAGCUUCCAUACUUCCAAGCUUGUCUGAAAGAGGUGAUGCGACUACAACCUGCCGUGGGUAUGAACAUCACUCGUCAGGUUCCCGCAGGAGGCACAGAAAUCGAUGGCGUAUAUGUGCAAGAGGGCACGCAAGUUGCCCUCAACGGGUGGGUGCUCCAUCGUGACAAGGAAACAUUCGGUAGCGAUGCCGAUGUUUUCAAUCUGGAAAGGUGGCUCAAAGCGUCCGAACAGGAGCUGAAAAUGAUGGAAAGAUCAUUGUUCCAGUUUGGCGGAGGCUCGCAUGUUUGCAUCGGAAGACAUCUCGCAUUGUUUGAGAUCAACAAAACCUUGCCACAAGUCUUCCGACAAUACAACAUCCGGGUUGUGGAUCCGACACACCCUCCUGCUCACAGAACAGGGUUCUUUUAUAUCCAAGAUGGACUAAGAGUGUAUUUGGAGAAGCGCUGAGUACGUUAGGGGAUGCGAUAGCGUCUGGACAAUGUGUUCAUGAAUGCAUGUAGUAUUUUGGUUGCCUCAUCGAGCAACCUGGCGGCUGAGCUUUCAACCCUUGACAACUUGUACAACUCGAAUUCAUGUAUGAC